GUGGGCUGCGACGACACUUCCUUCAAUUAUUUGAAAGAUUCCUGUGAUCUUGCACAUUCAACCUCUUAUCAUUUCUCUCCUCCAUCAAAUCCCACUUUUUUAUCCAAAUGCCAUCACUUUUGACGUCAACAAGAACGUCUUCAUUCAAAGAUUAGACUCUUGAAUAGAAAAAUGGGAGCAUCCCGCUCAAGCAAGCAUAGUUUAGCCCUCAAGUAUCUUUCAAUCUAUUCACCUCUGAAUCGAAUCUUCCCUGCUGUCACAGUUUAGCUUGAAUUCCGCAGUAAUUCAGGAAAGCAAUGCGUCGAGGCAGCCUUCACUUUCAGGAGCCUCCUUGGCGGAUUCACCUUCCAGUCUCCCUCCCUCCACAGAUAUGCGGGCCCCCGCGUUUUUUCGCACUGGGAGCCUCGACUUUCAGGUGCCACUUUGAAACAUUACGGCUCAAUUCUUCACGUUAUCAUGUACGGCCGAUUAUCCCAUACACCCGCACCCAAUAUCUUGGACUCUUCCUUAUCACACUGGCUUGCAAUAGAAGCAUCAAUGCCUGGUAGGUAUUUGUGAUUUGGACGCAAAGAGCACCACUGCCUGCUUUUACAAGCAGUUGACCUUGUCCUUCAUGAUUGGAAUCCUCCUGCUCUUUUAAUCAACCAAAAAGGCCCUCGCAAUCGAGAUUCUAGACCAAGCUCCCAAACACGCCCCCCACAAAAACAACCAAAAAAAAAAACAUGGAGGAUUCUCGGCAAAAACUCAUUCUUGACCAUAACACACAAACUGAAGCCACCCCCACCCUCCAUUCACCCAAGAAGCUAGCUCUUCUCCCUCUCGUCUUUCUCAUCUAUUUUGAGGUCUCUGGUGGUCCGUAUGGGGAGGAGUCUGCCGUGAAGGCUGCGGGGCCGCUCUUGGCCAUCCUCGGCUUCCUCGUCUUCCCCUUCAUCUGGAGCAUUCCGGAGGCUCUUGUCACGGCGGAGCUGGCCACUACCUUCCCCGGCAAUGGAGGGUUCGUAAUCUGGGCUAACGAAGCUUUUGGCCCUUUCUGGGGCUCCCUCAUGGGCUUCUGGAAGUUCUUCAGCGCGGUCAUAAACUUAGCUUCGUAUCCUGUCCUCUGUAUAGACUAUGUCAAGCUGGUGAUUCCAUCUCUGUCUUCUGGCUUACCUCGCUACCUUUCCAUAUUUUUCUCCACUAUCGUGCUGUCUUUUCUGAAUUAUACUGGUCUAACUAUAGUAGGCUAUACUGCUGUGGCUCUAGGUGUUGUUUCUCUGAUGCCGUUUGUAUUGUUGUCUUUGAUUUCAAUUCCCAAAAUUGAUCCCAGCCGAUGGUUAAGUCUGGGUCAGGCGGGUGUGAAGAAGAACUGGACUCUGUACUUCAACACCCUGUUUUGGAAUUUGAACUUUUGGGAUAGUGCUAGUACUUUGGCCGGUGAAGUUGAGAAACCCCAGAAAACAUUCCCGAAAGCCUUGUUAUCCGCUGGUUUGCUUACAUGUUUAGCUUACAUAAUUCCUUUGCUGGCCGCUACAGGAGCCGUACCACUUGAUCAGGAAAAAUGGGUCGAUGGGUAUUUUGCAGAUGUGGCCGAGAUGAUUGCCGGGGAGUGGUUGAAAAUCUGGAUGGAAAUUGGCGCUGUUCUGUCCAUUAUUGGACUAUAUGAAGCUCAAAUGAGCAGCGCAGCAUACCAGGUUCUGGGCAUGGCCGAUUUAGGAUUUCUGCCUCGAAUUUUUGGAGAAAGAGCGAGGUGGUUCAAGACUCCUUGGAUGGCCAUUUUGGUAGCAACGGUAAUAGCGCUCGCAAUGUCUUACCUGAGUUUCACAGAAAUCAUAUCCACAGCGAAUUUCUUGUACAGUUUGGGGAUGCUUUUGGAGUACGCAUCUUUUCUCAGGCUGAGAAGGAAGUUCCGGACAUUGGAAAGGCCAUUUGAGGUCCCAAUAGGAUUCCCGGGUCUGGUCAUCAUGUGCUUGGUGCCUUCUCUGCUUCUGUUAGUCGUGAUGGCUGUCGUUACCAAAGCCGUGUACGGGGUCAGUGCUUUCCUGACUUCUCUCGGUAUCGUGUUGUAUUAUUUCCUGAAUCUCUGCAAGGCCAGGAAUUGGAUCCCAUUCACGAACUCACUAGGCACGAUGGGAGAUGAAGACGACCAUAAUUUAUAGACGAUGGGGAUUAUUUAAGUUUUAUUUUGUCAAUGUGAAGAAAGUUACCGCCCAAGAAUACGGUUUUUUAUUUGAGGUUAAAAUUACGAUGCAAGUGUGAUGUAACGCCGUCUUUCCCCUUAUCUUCAUUAAUGAGUAGGAGCAUUCACACCAACGUCAACAGGUCCUUGCAGAAGCCUAAACUGCUCGGGAAAAGACGGGGAACGAAAUACUGACGAGUGACAGGCACCUAUUCAUCAAAUAUGCGCGCGCGCACAACAAUACUUUGACUUUGAUUGGAGAUGAUGGAUCCGCUGUGGGAAAGAGGAAGAAAGACAAUCGUGGUUGCAGGGUAGUGGGGCGAACGAUGAGAAGGAGGUGGGCGGGCUGAUAGGAUUACAGCAGCAUGAGAUCACCCUCAAAGCUGAGCCAUUUGGGUGAAACGCAUAAUCAUUAAUCAAGAUUAUUUUAUAGAGAUAACCGAUUAGAGACAUUUUAGAACAAUCACCGUAACUUAACUAAUGAAAUGAUUAUCAUAACGAAACAACAUGUUAACAAGAAGAAAUUCUUAAUAAAACAUCAUGUUGAUAGUACAAUGGUUAGUUUAGGAUACAAUUUCCAACUGUGCUUGCUUCAAAUCUUGCCAUUUCCUUCGCCUUUUCAUUUUGGUUGCUGUUUCUUUGAAACCAAUCUUUCAAGCUUGAUGCAUUUGUUUUGCUAUCGAAAUCAGACAUGACUACCAUUUUCUUUUGUUAUUUUCGUUCUUUGAGGAGGUACAAACAGGUGGGUCUUAACGGGGCCUCCUGGAUUAGAACUGUAAGCCAGCUAUCAUUUGUUUGUACAUGACUUCUGGUUUGCGUCGCUGGUUUCUACAGGCCGAAGAUAAGCAAUCUUGCUUUCCAUGUGA